AGCAACUUGGCUAUGGCCACUGGCGCUUGCUCGAUCUCAUCCAGUCGCAUAGGAUAAAGGGUCUCUCGGGUUUGGGUCUCCUCGUCUUCUUCGCUACUCGCUCGAUUCCUUCCGUGUCUUGUUGCGUGAGAGCACGCAUUCCCAGCUCCCACUUUAUGCCAGGAUCCAAUCCCCAAGCUCUCGGGCUGAUGAUCACACCAGCGGCCAGUCUCCCAGGACUCUGCUCGUCGCUGCACUCUCCACUCCGUCGAGCAGUGACCCUCUUGCUCGCGGCGGCGGCGGCGGCCAAGAAUGGAGCAGCUUAUGCCCCGUAAGUUACCCAAGUCGUCCAUGUCGCCGUCUUCCUCACGCUCGCAAUCCACCUCGCGCUGUCCGAGCAAGAGGAAGAAGAGCCCACCACACAAGGAUGGCUCCUCGCAUACUCCCAGAUCUUCCAAGCUGCCACCUCCACGGCCACACCAUCCUGUGCAUCCGCCUUACGGCUCCUCCUACUCGUGGGACUCCGCCCAAGGCCAAGCUUUCAUGGACAAGGUCGCCACUCGGACCCAGUCCGCUGCGUCGAUCCAUGACGCAUCCCAGCAGCAGCAGCAGCAGCAGCAGCGGCAGGACGGCACCAAGGAUACUCCAUAUCUCGCACUCGUUCAGCUCUUCAAUCAGUUCCAGGGGAUGCCGAUUGAUACCAAGAAGACCCUUGUAACUGUGACUGUUCUCGGCAGCACGGGCCCUCUGAGGAUGGUUGUCACCAGCGACGCCACCGUCAAGGAGGUGAUCAAGAUGGCGCUUCUCAAGUACGCACACGAAGGCCGUGUUCCAGCUCUCGGUCGUAGCACGCGGGAGUUCGAGCUGUAUGAUUCUCAGUUCAGUUCCCAAGCACUCAAGCCAGAUGAUCGGAUCGCCAACAUGGGAACCCGGAACUUCGUCCUGUGCCCUGUUACCCUCAAGAACAGCUGCGGCGAAGAGUCCAAGACUUCUUCCACCUCCAAAUCCUGGUGGAGUUACGUCACUGGCAUCAAGUCGUUGGUUUAGCUCAACCGCAACGCAAGGCAAAGCCAGAAGAAGAUAUUUGCCGUGAAUGGUUGGUCUAUAGCGUAAGGCAUCUCCGCGCAUUGUUUAUCAUUGUUUCUCCAUCUAAUCCACACGAAACCAUUUCUUGUGUG